GUCAGUAACCGAGCCAAGAUGUUGCGGAAUCUGCUGGCUCUUCGUCAGUUUGGGCAGAGGACCGUAAGCACUACUUCCCACAGGCAUUUUAAAAAUACAGGUCCAGAGAAACAAAGGCUGUUCCAGGAGGAUGAUGGGAUUCCAGUGUAUCCAAAGGGUAGGGUAGCUGAUGCGCCCCUGUAUCGAGCCACCAUGACUCUUACAGUUCGUGGAACAGCAUAUGCCAUAUAUCAGCUGGCUAUGGCUUCAUUUCCCAAGAAGCAGGAUUGACUUCAGUCAUCCCAGCAAUUACUUGGUUCAGUUUCAUCCCGCUCCCUAUGGACCAGUAAUCUGAUGAAUAACUGAGCUCUUCUUUGGGGAUCAAUAUUUAUUGACCUGUACUAACUGCUGCCAAUAAUGCAGUCUUUACCAUGAAAAAAAAAAAGAAGAAACACAACAA